AUGACAGGAACGGGCAUACACCCAGGUCAGGAAGGAGAACACAGGGCGUGGUUUCGUGCAGCGGUGCUUUGGGGGCUGCCUGAGAAGGUGACAACUGAUUUAGAGAAAAACCCUGAUUUUGCAGUUACAGACUCGACUCAGUGGGAGAGACAUGUGGUCCAUAGGCUGGAGCUGGAGCUGGAGCAGGACCAGGCGAACAAACGAAAGAAGGACCUAGAGGAGGCACAGGCGCAACUGUUAAAACUACAACUGAAUGAAGCUCGAGAAAAACAUAACUCAAAGAAAAGAGAGGUCAAAGAUUCUAACAAAACUACUAUGGUGGCGAGGCCCCAACCAGAUCCCAUGCCUGACUGGCCAGAUCUUGAUCCAAACCUGUAUCCUGAUGACCGUUGGCACGACAACCCACCAAGGCAGAGACAAGCCACGGGAAAUUGGGGGACCGGCCGUUCGCAGAGAGGGCGUGGUGGAUACGGACGGAGAGAACCGAGAGCUCGUGGUUCGGGGAAUCCCAGAAUUAACCCAUGGAAUGUUUUCCUGGACAGCCUCACUUGUCUUUCUCUAACAAUGGAAGAAACUGAACUCUGCUUUCCACAACUCCUCAACUCAUCCUGUGUGCGGCAAAAGCGCCCACAAAUUGAGGCUGUGUGUAUUUACACCCUGCUAUCAUCUAUCUCUCUGCUCACUGCAGUACUGAACCUACUUGUCAUCAUCUCCAUCGCCCACUUCAAGCAGCUGCACACCCCAACCAACCUCCUCCUCCUCUCUCUGGCCGUCUCAGACUUCUUCGUGGGCCUCAUCAUGUCUUUUGAGAUUAGUCUCCUAGAUGGCUGCUGGUUUCUUGGUGACCACAUGUGUGCUUUGUAUAGCAGUUUAGAUUACAUUGCUACUUCUGCUUCAGUAGGAACUAUGGUACUCAUAUCAGCUGACCGCUAUGUAGCCAUUUGUGACCCGCUGCAUUAUCCCACCAAAAUUACUAUAAAAAGAGUCUCAGUCUGUAUUUGUAUUUGCUGGGCUUGUUCAAUUCUGUAUAACAGUCUUAUCAUGAAGGAUAAUUUCAAGCAGCCAGGGAGGUAUAAUUCUUGUUCUGGUGAUUGUGUAGUUGUCAUUGACUACUUUGUGGGAAUUGUUGACUUUGUUUUGACCUUUGUCGGCCCUGUGACUGUCAUCAUAGUUCUGUAUCUAAGAGUAUUUGUGGUGGCUGUGUCUCAGGCUCGGGCAAUGCGCUCUCAUAUCACUGCUCUCAGACUCCAGGGGUCAGAGACGGUGCAUGCUAAGAAAUCUGAGCUGAAAGCUGCCAGGACUCUCGGUGUACUUGUUAUUGCCUUUCUGAUAUGUCUUUUCCCAUUUUACUGUUCCUCAAUGGUAGGCCAGAAUAGUUUCUUUGAUAUUAGAUCUGUACCUUUUGAGCUCUUGCUGUUCUAUUUUAACUCUUGUCUGAACCCAUUAAUCUACACUUUUUGCUACCCCUGGUUUCUGAAAUCUAUUAAGCUCAUUGUGACAUUUAAGAUAUUUAGGCAUGGCUCCAGUGAGGCCAGUAUACUAUAG